CACUAGUUUUGGAGUAACCAAAUAUUUUCGCUAGUUUUUUUUUUUUAAUAAUUUCGUGUGUGAAAAAGGAUUAUUAUUGAUUUUUUAUUGCAUUAAAUGCAUCUGCAGACAAGGACACAUCACAACCCCCAUAAAACGUGCACGCCCCCCGUAGCAAGACAAAAUGUCGUGGUAAAGUUUUGUUUACCUUUUUUCGAUAUCUAUCCCCAGAGUUCUGCUCCUACACCUGUGUUGGUGUGCACGCGUGCGAGUGUGUGUGUGUGUGUAAUGUGUUGUGUGUGCAAAAAUGCAUCCGAAAAUCUAAUAGAUCCGCAGCGAGGUUUUUGUUCGUUCUAAAAUUGUGAAAAAGCCAGGCACAUGGAAAAUGUGUCCGAUGCCAGCUGCAGCGCCUCUUCCCUGAAACUCCAACGGCAGCAAACUCAAAUCAAAGCCAAAAAUGUCCUAAUCAGAUCCCAGAGCAGCGGCAAGCUUAGCAGAAAUGAGGCUGAAUCCACAACAACAGCAACAGCGAAAACCACAAAAGCCACAACGAGGACUCUCAAGGUCGGGGCCAUGCAACAGAAGAAGCUACAGUCACCAAAUGGAGUCAACGCCAGCAACAUCAUCCUGCUGCGGGGCACACGCAACGAGAACGGCCAGAUCAUUAUCCAGAACAAGCAGGACAUCCUCACCCUGCUCAACGAGCAGCAGCAGCACCAGGAGAAGGCAGCCCAGGCGUCCACAGCCAUCACACUCAAUCAACUGCCAACGACCACCACAGUGGCCCGCGAGACGAUUGUCCAGAGCUCGGGGAGCAGCACCACCAGCACCAGCUCCACCAUAUCCAUCGUGGCCAGCAGCGGCAGCAGAAGUAGCGGUGUUGGUGGCAAGGAUGCCGUUAGCAACACGAUCCUCCUGCAGACGCCCAUCAAUGCCAGCCAGCUGGAGAGCGUGCUGAAAGCCCAGGAGCGCACGAAACAGGCGAACGGCACGGCACAGACCAAGCUCAUAGAGAGGCCCUUCCUGCUGAAGCACGCCACGCGGAGCCUCAGCUCGGAGUGCAAUUGUGACAGCAAAUCGCCGUUCGUGCUGCAGACACUCAAGCGACUGGAGAAGUCGCAAUCCAUUCUGGUCAUACGCAACUCCACAUCAGGCAGCACUUCCUCAAUGGCCGUUUCUCCGCCUGUGAAUGUUUCGGCCUCCGUAUCAUCGAAUGUUUUAAGCGUGACACGCACUUCAAAGGCGGCCAAGGGCAUGGCAGGUGCCCUGCACAAGCUCAAGGCGGCCGCAACAGCAGCAGCCGCAGCGGGAGCAGGAGCAGGGGCAGCACCAUCCGCAUCAUCGACAGGCACAAACAUACUGAGGCUAGGCAAAAGCGCCACCACAUUGGCCAUUAACGGAGCUGGGGGCAGCAGCAAACUGGAGGCCGCCGCCGCAUCUGCAACCACAACGUCAACAGCAAAUAAAUUGUCCAACGCGGUGACAUCGGAGCAGCAGCAGCAACAAUCGACAACAACGCAAACGAAUGUGCCACUUGGGAACGAUGGCGAACCUAUCAAACUACCCGACAAUUUGGAGAGCCUGCCAAGAGCUGACAGUUUUUCAUCACAGCGUCAUCGUUGGAAUACAAAUGAGGAAAUUGCUGCGAUUCUUAUCAGCUUUGACAAGCACUGCGAGUGGCAGUCCAAGAAGGUCCGAACCAGACCCAAGAGCGGAUCCCUGCUGCUGUACUCGCGGAAGAAGGUGCGCUAUCGCCGCGACGGCUAUUGCUGGAAGAAGCGCAAGGAUGGCAAGACGACGCGCGAGGAUCACAUGAAACUGAAAGUACAAGGCACGGAGUGCAUCUACGGCUGUUAUGUACACUCGGCCAUACUGCCCACGUUCCAUCGCAGAUGUUACUGGCUGUUGCAGAAUCCGGACAUUGUUUUGGUGCACUAUCUGAAUGUGCCGUAUCCGGAUGAUAAUAAAAUGGCAGUGAUUGCCCCCAGCAUCACCCUGUGGGGCGACAAGAAAGAGUGGACCAAGGAGGAGCUGGUCAGCCAGCUGAAGCCGAUGCUGUCCACAGUCAACUCCGAUGAUGACUCCGACUCGGGCAACUACAUUGAGAUAUCGACGGCCGAGACCGUGGAGUCGAUUGUGUGCCAGCUGAUGGAGAAGCAGUGCUUGUCCCGCCAGGCGGCCCUCGUCAAGCAGCUCGACUGCGGCUGCGGGGACUCGGGCUGUGCCGACGGCAAGACCUGCACGCAUCCCGUGAUGCGGCGCACGGGAGGCAUCAUCAAGUCCGCGGUGGCCACAUCGGCCUCAGAGAAGCGACUCAACGAGGGGGCCUUCAACAGCGGCACGCCCAAUGUGGUGGUGGCCAGCAAGCUAUACUCCCGCUGGGCGGAGCGGCCGCGCCAGCGCAACGAUGGCAUGCACCUGGAAAACCCGCACGCACAGUUCCACAAUGCCACGCAACAGCUGCCCCAGGAAUCGGCCAUCAAGUUUCAGAUCAUUCCUCCUCAACAGAAACAGCAGCAGCAACAGCAACAGCAGACGGGACAUGGCGAUGGCAGCUAUCAGCAGCAAUAUCGCGGUGCCAAUCAGAUGCUGGCCGCAAGAAACAAUCUGGUGAUGCAGCAGCAGCAGCAAUAUCACCAGCAACAGCAGCAACACUUGAGUCUGCAACGAUUCGUGGCCAGUCAUUGCCAGAAUUCGGCUCAUUUGAAUCAGCAUCAUCAUGGCCUGCAAAUUGCCAAUACAACAAUCACGGCCACAGCCAGAGAUCCUUCCACAACAGUAGCAGCAGCAGCAACAGCAACAGCAGCAUCGGUAGCAUCGGCAUCAGCAGCAGCAGCAGGAAGAGGCUCCGUCUUAAAUGGAAUGGAUACGGAACUAAUUGAAAUCCAAAGCCACAUGACUGCAAACAAAAUCACUAGCUCCGUCAGUAGCAAUGGAAAUGACAGCGGCAGCAAUUCCAGUGCCAGUGCCAGUGCCAAGCAAUUUGCAGCUCAAACGAACAACGAAUUAAAUGUCGUAAAUAAUAACGACCCCAGCAACAAUAACUUUAUGUACAAUCAACAACAGCAGCAACUGAAUACUUCCAGCAACAGCACACAGCAGCAGCAGCAACAACAUUAUUAUAAAUUGCAACAGACAUCAGCAACCCCAAACAGUGGCCAACUCCAAAAUCAAACACAAACCCCAACCCUUCUCCAACCCCCUGUUGAGGCCAUGUGUAUGUCACCUGAGCAUCGCAGCGGCAGCAGCAGCAGCAGCAACAACAAUACGGCCUCAACGUCUUCCGCUGUCAAUAGCGAUAACACCUCCCCCUCCACAGCCAUAGCCACAACCACGUCCAUGGCCGCAUCUAUAUCUAUAUACACAUCUACGUCCGGCACAUCGUCCACCUCGAGUUCCUUACAAUCGAUUAUCGAUGGCAAUCAGCAGCAACAAAUUACAACGACAUCGACGGCAGCAACUUGUGAUAAUUUAAUGAGCGCCAAUGCGCUCACUGAGCUGAAUGGAGGGAGCAGCAGCAGCAGCAGCAACAAUCAGGCCACAGAUGGCCACAACAAGAGUCAAUCCCAAUCGCAGUCUCAGCCUCAAACUCUGAGCCAAAAUGGUUGUGCAACAUUCAGUGCUUCCAGUGAUAAUAGCAGCCAAAUUAGCGCCAGCGACGAGAGCAGCAGCUUUGGGGACAACAAUCAGAAUAACAGCAUACACAGCAUCCACAGCAGCCACAGCAGCAGCAGUAACAGCAGCGAGGACGAGCCCCAGGCGGGCAAUGCUGCCGAGACCCUGAGCUUCUUCAACGAAACCCUGGAUCUAUCCGAUGAGGAUAUUCAACGUACACUGAUAGCCAAUAUGCAGCCGUACAAUACGGCUGCAGGCGAAGCAGCCACGACAACGAUAGAACCUUUGGCAACAAACGGCAGCCACAGUAGCAGCAACAGCAACGGCAAUCCUCAAGAAGUGGAGAAGAAACCUUCAGUCGGCCAGGAAGGCGAAGCCGAACCUGAGGAGGAUGACACAGACGAUGUGUUUGCCAACCUGGAUGCCUUCGAUAUGCUCGUGGAGUUCCCCGAGCUGGAUCUGGAUGUUAAGCAGGCCCUGAACAACACGGCCUUGGAACAGGGCUCCUAUCUGGGACAGGCGGCCGCCCAAACGCAGCAGCCCCGCAAGAUCCACAACAUCUGUGACUUCAGUCCGGAGUGGUCCUACACCGAGGGCGGAGUCAAGGUACUUGUGGCCGGACCCUGGACGAGCAGCAAUGGUGCUGGCGCCUACACGGUGCUCUUCGAUGCCCAGCCCGUGCCCACGCAGAUGGUGCAGGAGGGAGUGCUCCGUUGCUACUGUCCUGCCCACGGGGCGGGCUUUGUGACGCUCCAGGUGGCCUGCGGCGGCUUUCUCGUGUCCAAUUCGGUCUUGUUCGAGUACAAGCUGUCGCUGCUGGCCGAUGCCCCGUUCGAUGCGAGCAGCUCGAACGAUUGCCUGUACAAAUUCACGCUGCUCAAUCGCCUCUCGACCAUCGAUGACAAGUUGCAGCUGAAGACGGAGCAGGAGCCGACGACGGACCACACGGCUCUCUAUCUGGAGCCGAACUUUGAGGAGAAGCUAGUCGCGUAUUGCCACAGGCUGACGAAGCAUGCCUGGAGCAUGCCCAGCACAGUGGCCAGCUGGAGCGUGGGCCUUCGGGGCAUGACGCUGCUGCAUCUGGCCGCCGCCUUGGGCUAUGCCAAACUGGUGGGCGCCAUGCUCAAUUGGCGGGCGGAGAAUCCACAUAUCAUACUCGAAACGGAGCUGGACGCCAUCAGUCAGGAUGUGUACGGUUUCACGCCGCUCGCCUGGUCCUGUGUGCGCGGCCAUGUGGAGUGUUCCCUGCUGCUCUACAAGUGGAAUCACAAUGCGCUGAAGAUCAAGACGCAGGGCCAGCAAACGGCCCUGGAUUUGGCCAACCUGAAGGGGCACAAACAUCUUCUGGCCCAGAUAUUUCGACUAGAGAAGGAGCGCUGCCGCAAGCCGCACUUGCGGGGCGGCCUGGCCAAUCUUUCAAUGAACCUAGGCGUUGAAACGGAAGCGGAGGAGUCGCAGCCGCAGACCUACAACAGCUUUGACCUGGAGAUACUUCAAAGAAAGCAUGAUGUCGUCUUCCUCAGACCUGGGGCAGUGCAUAGCAAUCAAAGUCCUCCCAACAAUGGCAGCAAGUACUCUAAGCGCUCUUCCAUAGACAGCGGCAUCAACAUGGACAUACGCAGCAAGUCAGGCAAGUCCCUGGCCAGGCUGCACAGCAACUUUGAGGGGCACGACAGCUAUGCAUUGGGAGUGGACUCGCCGCUGGAUACGCUGACUGGGACCAAUUGCCUGCUUUCGCCGCUGCGUAAAAUGGAUUUCGCCCUGUGCGAGGUAUCCACGGGCGAGUCGAGCCCCAUACACGACAAAAACAUCGAAGGCGAUGACACCUCGACGAGCGCAACCGAUGUGACCAUAGGCAAUGACCUGGCCCUGGCCCUGGCCGAUGCAGUUGUAGGGGACUCGGAUGCCAAAGUGGUGACCCUGGCCGAACACAUUAUAGCAGCAAUGCCAGAGCGCAUCAAAAAUGAAGCCGAUGAAAUGAUGGUGCUGAGCAGUCCCUUGACUGAGCCACUGACCUCAGAGUCCUCGGCCCUGACAGACAGCUUUAUGGAUCCCCUGCUGGACUCGCUGCCCAAUACUCAUUUCGACAGCGACUUCAACUUCGACUUCCACGACCACAGCUAUCGGUACCACGAUGUGAGCACUCCUUGCUCCAGCCUGAGUCCCGCCAGCUCGGGGCCGCUGCAGUCGCCGGCCAGCUACUCCAUACUGGGCACAGAUCCGUCUGUCAGCUCGCCCAGUCCGCCGCCGUCGACCAAGCAGCUGACCGAGUUCCUGCACGCCUCCAGCCUGUCGCAGUAUCCGUUCGAGUCGGACUUCUCCAAGCUGACGCUAACCGACACCGAGCAGCGGGAGCUGUACGAGGCGGCCAAGUGCAUACAGAAGGCCUACCGCUCGUACAAGGGCCGGCAGAAGCUCGAGGAGCAAAAUAAAGAGCGCACUGCCGCCAUUGUCAUCCAGAACUACUACAGGCGGUACAAGCAGUACGCCUAUUACAGGCAAAUGACCAACGCCGCCCUGGUCAUCCAGCAUGGCUAUCGUUCCUAUCGAAAGAACAAACGCUUCAAGAAGAGCGGCCUGGGCCAGGGCAUGGCAGGGGGCAGCGAUCACGGCAGCGUCAGCAGCAACUCUCAGUGCCUGUCCAGCUUUUACGACCACUACAAGCAGGAUCAGCAGCAGCUGCAGCAGCAGCAUGAGAUGGGCUCGCAGCCGAGAACGCCCAAGGAAACCAGUCCCUCGGGCCCCUUGAAACGAACCUACUCGCAGUCCACCCAGAAUCAAGCUGCCAGGAAGAUCCAACAGUUCAUGAGACUAUCACGCAUCAAACUACAGAGGGAGCGGGACGAAAAAGAGAAGCUGGUGCACCAACGCAGGGCGGAAUACCUUCAAAACUUGCAGUAUCAAGGGCAGCAGGAAAUCUUGGCUUGCCUAGAAAAUAACAGUUCUGCCCAGAGCAGUGGCAGCAACACCUAUACGAACAGCAUCAACAAUCUACAAUCCAAUCAGUGAUGUACUUAAAGGCAAAGACGGAAGGAGGAGGGACUGGACGGGACGUCCCGUUGGUAUGGUUGAAAUCUCAGUCUCAACUUUCUGCUGCCUCAACUGGUUGAUCCUCGAUCUAUAAUUGCUUGAAGACAACACAGCCAAAACCCAACACCGAAAACCGAAAAACCAAAAGCAAGAGAGAAAAGUUUUUAAACUAAAUUUAACAAUAAAUGAGUUUUUGUAAAUUAUUUUUGUCCGUCCACAUUGUUAGCUUUCAUAACAUACCAACAAAAGCAUAUAUACUUACAAAUAUACACCAAACAAAUAUAUACAUACCUAUAUAGAGAAUGAACCGAUACUGAUAUGAAAGGCGGCAAUCUGAUGCAAUGAAACAAUUUUUAAGAACCGUUCAAGUUUGAAUAAUUAACCAAUAAACCAAGAAAACCAAGAAAAACUAAUCUAAUGUACAGACACCAAAUGUAAAACUACGGAAGGAAGAGCAGAAGACCUCCUCCCGCCCGACUUGCUCUACUCUACCACAUUGUUAACUAUUCAACUAAAAAAAACUAUUAUACUUAAUUCGCACUCUAACAACUACUCAACGGAACUUUGAUUGCAUUUUUCUCUUACUUAACUUAACUUAUACAUAGAUCUGAUCAAUUCAACUGAUUCGGAAACUGAAAUGAAGACUAAAUACGAUUUCACUACUCAACUGACUUAAGAAUUGCAAUCAAUUUUGUUAACUUGCUUAGGCAGUGUGUUAGACAUGUGACAAAACAGCAGCUAAAAACGAAACUACAAAUGAAAUCGAUAUCUAAUUAAAUGCAAUAUUUGCACUUACACACAUACACUCUUAAACUCUCCCCAACACACCUACACCAACACACACACACACACAUGUAGACGAAACCUGAGUGUGUUUAAAUGGAAAAAAAGUCUUUUUAGGUAGAGAAGGAGCGGCCAAAGGGCAAAGAAAAUCUUAAGUACCUUAAGCCAAUUGGCACUAAAACUAAAAACUAGAAACUAAUCUAAACUAAACUAAAAUCUAACAACAAAUUAUAUACAAACAUAUGUAUGUCUAAAACGCAAUACCAAUACCACUGUAUGUAUAGCUUCUAUCGAACAAAUCGUAGGAUAUAGGCAUUUCGCCCUCGCCUAGUUUCGUUUGAAGCGUUUUUUCUUUCAACUGAACUAAUUCUAGUGCAACACCAAAAUUGUUGAUAUUUAACGAAAACUUUAUACAGAACUUCACUUCCAAAGUGCGGCGGAUGUACCAGGCAAACAUUCUUCUCCAAUUAAGUAAUCCUACUCCUAAUCCUAGUCCCUAACUAAUUGAAAUCGAAAUCUGAAUUGUUUGUUUCUGCUUAGUAGGGCAAAUAUUGGAGGGGAGGGUAAUGUGAAACUGUUAACUAACCUUUUAAGUAAAUUAUUGUAUAGAGUGUACACUCUUUUUAAAUAUUAUACCUACUUGUAUGGGAUAUUCAUCAUGAACUAUAGUACAUAUAUGUAUACAUACUAUAUCUACGUGCAAAUAAUAUAUGCAAACUAAACAAAUGUUUAACGAAUCAACGUAUUAUACAUAUAUAUACAUAUACAUACAUGUAUGUACAGACACAGACACUGAUACACACACACAAAAGAACACAAAACAUAGUGUUAUAUAUACACAAAUUUAUAAAUUGUAUAACGACUUUCCAGUUUCUGUAAAAUUGUAAUUAAUUCAAUAAAGUUUAAUUCAACACUUUA